AUGUCGUCGGACGACUCGCUGCCGUCGCUGGAUAGCGUCGUCGACGUGGAGGAGUUCCAGCCGCUGUUGGACGCCGAGGAUUUGUUGGGCCUCGGUCAGAUGCGCCUCAACUCCCCGGCCUACCAGGCGGGCCUGGACCGUCUGUUCGAGCUCGAGGCGAAGCAGCGUGUCCAGGGCGAGCUCCAGGUCCAUGAGUACAUCGAAGGCCUCAACCUGCGGCUGCGGAUGCUCGACCUGGAGAUGGCGCACCUCGUCAACGUGCCCGGGCAGCUGGAGCUGUUGCCGUUGGCGACGCUGGAGGAGCGACGGACAGCGGCCCGCAUGGCCAAGCAGGUCACCAGCCGGGUGCAGGAGAUCCACGAGAAGGCCGAGAAAAUCCUCGAAUCAUCCACUAGGGUGCGCCAGUACGUGACCCAAGUCGAAGAGCAGCGCCAGCAGCCGACCCCGCCCACGCCGUCGCCGGUCACCUCGCAGCAGAACAUGGAA